GUCAGGUAGGCCUAAGCCAAGCAGGCCUGGCCUACUUUUGUACUAGCCUAGUUUCACAUUCAUUCAGAGCAUCGGUCACUCAGCCAGCGGGCCCUUCCGAUGGCCUUUAGGCCUAAAUAUUUCCAUAAUUCGAUCCCCAUCAUUCAGUCAGUGUCAGAGCCCAAUCUUUGCAGUUAUGAACAGGCCUAGGCCUAGAUCUAGUUAGGUAAGCCCCUAGUUGCAUUGUUUCAGUUUCAGCCGGCUUCUUUGUUGUGGCUUCUUCACCUUCAGUUCAGUCUUCACUUUCACGUGCACUGUGACUCGACUGCGGCUGCGGUCUGAAACAGACGUCGUUGUUAUGCUCAUAUGGCGCCUUUGCCAAAUGCUCGUCGUACUUUAGGCCAUUUGUAGCCUAACUAGAUCUAGAUCUAGCCACAAUCUAGACCUAGAUCGAGAUGUAAAAGUAGGCGGGCGAGGCGAUUAGAAGGCUACGGCGAGGCUGCCAAGCAAGGGUGUGUUUUACUACAACUUGAACUCCCUGAAGGCAUUUGUCAUGUCUACAUCAGACACAAAAUCUGAGAACUGCUCAACAGGAGAGGGUGAUAACAUGACAGUCUUGCCAGACAAGCAGCCUUGUCAUAGCUGUAACUGCGACGAAGUCUGUGAGCCCAAGGAUGACUCUUUGUUUGAGGAUUCGUGUAGUGAGGCCACAGAGUCUCUCUUCAGCAGCAAAGACAAUUCAUGUCUGAAUGACUCAAUGACUCUGCUGGACUUACCGUGGGAGCAAGUCUUGUCCUAUCAUAUAUUGCCAUAUCUCAGUGUUCCUGACCUUUUCCGACUUCGUGCAGUGAGUCCAGCUUGCCUGGAGCUGGUGCAGCUGCACUUCAGUUAUUCUCAUGUUGUGAACACUAGCCCAUUCAAGGAUAAUUUUUCUCCUAAAGCAUUUGAGAUCAUGACCCGAGACUGUCAAAGCCUUAGAGUUUUGUCUGUGAGGGGAGCAAAGUCCUGGAUGACGAAUGGUCUCCUGUUGAAAGUGAUAAUAUCCAAUCCUAGACUGGAGAAAAUAGACCUAACUGGAUGCAUAGCCCUUUCUGGGGCCAGUAUGUACUGUAUUGGGGUGAAUUGCAGCCAUCUGAAACAUCUGGCUUUGAGAGACUGUGUGUGGUUGACAUUGGACAAUUUCUUAUCGUUUCUGUGCAAUCGUAGAGAUAUUGAAUUUCUGGACAUGUCGGGCUGCUGGAAUGUCAAUGAUGAUCUCGUUGUGAAUUUAGUAAAGACUUCUCCAAGAGCACAAUGUCUUUCUUUCAGUCUGAAGCACCUGCUGAUGAGCAAUUUGUAUGGUUUAACAGACAGGGCGGUUGUGGCUGUGGCACACAGCUGUCCCAACUUGAUUCAGCUGAACCUCAAGGGGUGUUGGAGAAUUACUAACCAGUCAAUUCACUUGCUGUCUCAGUUCUGCCCUAAGCUGAGGUUCCUCCAAGUCAUGGAGUGCGGAUCUGUCACAGAGGACAGCCUCAAGUCCCUCCGUUCUCGUGGCGUGAGGAUUGACCGGCUGCCCCCGCCCUCCUCCAGUUUGGCCAGGCUGGAGCCUCUUCACAGAAACAACCCUCACAGGUUAAACUUAGUACUGUGAUAUGAAUUACCACCUGUACUUAACCCUAUUAGAGCUGGGAUAAAAUGUUUAGUGGUACUGAGAUUGUGGGCUAAAAUUUCAACCUGUAAUAAUUAUGACGUAAUACUUUAAAUCAAUUUAUGGCAGGCUUUUUAAAAGUUUGAUACCCCAAUAACCCUAUAUUUUCUGAAAGAGGACGGCAAGGCUGUUUCUUACACAAGAAUUCAAGGCAUGAGAUAAAGUGUGUGGGAUAAUCAUGGGGUUCAAAGAAAGGGAAAGACAAUAUGGAACUUGUGAAAAAUCAAGUACUAUUGUUCAUAAGUGACCAAAUGUCACAAAAACCUCUAUUAAGCACAUAUUUAUGUUAUGGAGCACAGUGGAAUCCGGCGUUCAUCAUUGGUACCAAAUUACACUUAUUUAUUUUUCUUGAACAUGGUAAAAAAAAACCAUUGAUCUAUCUUUCAUAGAUAGGGAUUUGUAUGUUUUAACACUUUACCAUAACACAGAAUCAGAGUGAAAAACCUUUGACUUCACAUACCAUUGAGGUGAAUCACAUUAAAAUUAAGGUAGCUCAGAAAUAUGUUUAUUUCUUUAUAACCAGAGCAUGUACUGACAUGAAAUUUUCAGGAUGGACAUAAAAGAUAACAAGCUGUCGGACUGAGAAAAAAAAUCUUUUUACAUAACAAUGGUGGCCAUUUUGAAAAUAAUAAUAACAGCUCACCUAACUAUACCCCAAAAACUGCCUUCAGACCCAUCUAAACAGGACCCAAACACUCCAAAUAAGACACAUAAUACACCAGAAUGUUCAUUUGACCACCCAUCUUCAAUAAUAUCCAGAAAAAAGACUGAAAAGAUGCAUUAAGAAGUUGACGAGAGGCAUUGUAAAAAGGUACCAGAGUGACAGAAACGGAGGUCAUUUUAGAGCCACAGGGUGUGUCAGCAAAGAGCAUUUUUCUCAGUAAAGAGUACAUGAAAGUCAAUAAAAUUAUACACACAAUUAGACAAUUGAACACACUGUUACAUAACGCAAAGAACAUUUUUAUAUGUCAUGACCGUUGUGGCGAUUUUGAAUAACAAUUAGCUAUUUCUUUAGAAAAAUAACAAAAAGGUUAUUGUUACUCCCAAAACCUAAUGUUCAAACACUAUCCAUUCAACAUUAUUUGCGAAAGUGUUCAUUUGAACAUCUGUCUUCAGUAUACACCUCUAAGAAAUUAUGAAAAGACGCAUAAGUUGACAAGAGGCACUGUAAAAAAGAACAAAAAAUGACGAAAGCGGAGGUCAAUUUCAGAGCCCGAGAGUAUGUCACUAAAGAGCAUUUUUGUCAGUAAAUGAUAUAAAAUUCAUAAAAUUACCCACACAAUAAGAAAAUUGAACAUACUGCUCCUGUUCCUCUCUCCUGCAGACUCAAAAAAGAGAUGGUGAAGAAUGAAAAUUAUCCAUAUACAGGACCUGCCCACAGUCCAUGUAGUCCCUCAUGAGGGUCUCCACUAAAUAUCUGGUAAACGAUUUACCUUGGGGAACUGUGAAAUGGUUCUUGCUUGUGUAAACAACCAGAUCCAAACAGUAAUAGUUUGUAGAAUCACAGAAGUUGAAACUCUUGAAACCCCGCUUUGUAGGCUUAUCCGGCAUGUAUUGCCAAAAAUGACACCUACCCUUGAAGUGGGCCAUACUUUCAUCAAUACUGAGCUCCAUGUGGGGGUAGUAGCACGCUGAGAAUCUAGGGAUGAUGAGUUCCAGCAGUUUCCUGAUAUUCUGAAGAGGGUCGUUACCGUCUGUCCUUCGAGGAAUGUGUUGGCGAACGUCACUGGGACAAAAAAGGGAAAAAACAGAAACAAUAGGAUAAGUAGAGU